AUGGAUAAUGAUCAAUCCUUACUGGGUUCUUACCCAGUUGAGGAUAACAUGAUUAUUCAUGCAAUUGACACCGAUCCUUCUCGAAAAGCUGGAGAAUUUGAAGAUGUUUCCAGGGUUGAGAAAUACGAGAUGGAAGAAGGCACUUACGACAAACUACCAGAUUCCGUUAGAGCAUUUAAAAAAAAAAAUAAGAUUGGAAGAUUUAGUGAGGAUUUUGAAAAAAAACAACAAGAAAAGGAAGAAUUGGAAAGGAAGGAAUCGGAGCGUGUUCAGGUUGGGUCUCGUUGUGAAGUAACACUGGAUAAUAGCAUGAAAAGACGCGGAGUAGUUAAAUUUGUUGGUAAAACACAUUUUAAGCCUGGAUAUUGGGUUGGUGUUCAGUAUGAUGAACCAUACGGUAAAAACGAUGGAAGUAUCGACGGAAAAAAGUAUUUUGAAUGUCCUCCUAAAUAUGGUAGCUUUGUCAAGCCAAGCUUUGUACAAACUGGAGAUUUCCCUGAAGACCUUGAUUUAAGUGACGACGAAAUAUAA